AUGCAGGGAGUUUGCCUUCAGUCCCUUCGCCUCAUAGCGGCAUUACCUGCAGAACCCCAGAAGCUUGGGCAGGCAUUUGACGUAGACGACGUGGUGCAGCGUUGUUCUCCAGGGGAUGGCCGUGGAGGUCCCCAAGGGGGCACACUCUCCAGGGGGGAGGCCCCUGGUGUUACUGGCCAAGCAGGAGGAGAUGCUCAGGUGGCGUCACGCACAUCUCGCAUGAAGGGUCUCGUCAUCAGAACGCCAAGAGGCAUCCAGGACUACUCUCAGGACCUAGACACGGAUCACAUGGAUCCAGAUGCUGACGAGGUGCAGGUAGCCUGGGAAGACGGAACUGUAGAGAAUACCAAGUGCCGCGGUCUCACGCUUGUCGACAGGUGCCUUUUUGUAGGGGAUACGGUAUUAGAAGGCUCUAACGGGGCCAUAGGCCUCGUCCUGGAGGUGCAGCAGUCUAUUGACGUCGCCAUCCCUAUAGAAGCCUUCAAGCCACAACCCCAACAACAGUACCGGCCCCAACAACAGCAGCACUGUGCCCUCCAAGGCGUCGCAGACGAUGGCAUAGUCGCGGGAGAACGCCCGCGUCUGCCGUCUCGCCUCGCUGGCAUUCGCUCGCAGGUAAUGGGGGCUGCAGCUUUAUCCCUUGAUCCCCCACUGAUGCAGCAGCUGCAGCAGUUUAAUGAAGGAAUGCCAGUGGUGAGCGGCGGCCGCUUGGGGUGUGUGAUCGGCGGCAAGGUCGACUACGUGGUGGCUCUGGACUCAGGUCACGAGUUCACGCUGGAAGAAGGGUACAUUGCAGCCUUCUUGCAUAGCUCGUCGUCGGAGGCAGGCUGUGUGAAGUCCUUUGCCAUCCGGAAUAUCAAAGUGGCGUGGCAGCUGCAGGCGCCUCUAGGAGCUGCGGGGAGCCAUAGGUCUCUGGCGCCGUGGACGGAGCAUCAACCGAAGGAUCUCUUGCCGUUGCAGCAGCCCGUCAUGCGGCUUGGUCAGCCUGUGUACGUCGAUGUGCGGCGAUUAUUGCAGCAGCGCGAGGGUGGUGCAAAGAGGGGUUCGCAGAAGGAUGUCGCCUCGUGUGCGGCCGCUGCGGCUCCUACUGCUCUUGCAGAGGCAGCUCCGGGAGCGGCUUUCGGCUCGCCGACGUAUACCGUAGGGGUGGUGGAUGCAGUGUGCACCACUUGCACAGUCCUCUGGGAAACUGGCGUCUUGGAGAAGAAUGUUCAGAGCCACAGGCUGACCCCCGUUGCUUUAGACAGAACGCCGCUGGCCCCUGCAGACUGCAGGCUCGCGCCUGUGUUGCUGCCGCACAUGGUGGUGCAGCGGCAGCGGCCUAAGGAGGUUGUGGGCGCCGCCGCGCAGGGGCCCCAGGGGCCCCCGAGGCCAGGGGCCCCCGAGGAGACCGCCGCGCUGCCCUGGUGGCUGAACCUGCACUUUGGGGGCCUCCAGGUGGGGAGUGACACGUCGGUAGAGUCGCAUCUCGCUGAGGUUCAGCGUCACAGCGGGGGUGCCCGGCUUUUUAAGGAAGUAUCCCUGGCGCUUGGAGCAGAUGAAGGAGCAUUCCAGGGUCGAGCGAAUCACGCAGCUCUCUUGCAAGCUGCUGCGGCUCACAGACGUCACCGCGCGCAGCGGCAGACGCGCGGCAUCACCAGUACGAGAGGCGACAGCCGCACAGACGCGGGUCCAGCUGAGGGCCCCACGGCGCCUCUCGAGGAGGCACAGGAGGGCAGCCAGGCUCCUCGGCGAGCGGGAGGUGACGUUUCUGUGGAAGAAGGGCCCCUCGUGACGAACCGCCUGGCCGCCUUCGCAGCCGCGAGGGACGCUUUGCCCCUACUGCUCCGCUUCAUGACGGAGACCGAUGUCGUGUAUCAGAUGCUCGAUAUUCCUGGCAAGCGCCUGCCGCUGUUGCGCACGGGGUCGUCCGCACCGUCGCACAGACGCCUGCAAACGGGGGAAAGCUCCAGGGGCCCCGAAGGCGGACAGGGGCCCCUAGAAAGGCCGCCCACAGGGGGCCCUAGCGGAGUCUCGGACGUUCCAGAGGCCCCCACAGCCUCGGAAGCGCAGGGAGACGAUGACGCACUGGUUUUUCACGAGGCACAGGCUCUGGCUGCAGACAUCUUUUCGUUCGAUGGGGGCCCUUCAUUGGAAGCUGUUGCCGCGUUCUUGCAUUUGGUGUACUCACACGGGCAGUGGGGCGUCACCGAGGCGGACGGAGACACCGAAGAGAAACUGAGGGACUUAUUUGAAGCUACGGCGCUGGUCUUAGGGGAUGCAGGGCCCGAGGUGCUCAUGGAUGAUGCUCCUCAGUCCCCGGGAGCUGCAGACGUGCAAUUGGGCAUUGUGGUGUACGUACAACGCAAAGAGAAGAAGGCACUGGUAGCAUGGAUAAAAGACACUCAACAGUUUACGAGUAAGGAUUUUAUGCGGUCAGAGCGACCUUGCGAAGACAUAGACCUCGAGGGCCCUCUGGAUCUUGAAUAUCUAUGA